UUUAGAUAUUUUAUUUUUCUGCUUUAAGUAGUAACAACGGCUAAUAGCCUAAUAGUGUACUACUAUCAUUAGUUUCCUUGUUUAGCUAAAAUGAAAGCUUAAACUUGAAACAUAGGAGAGCACAGGUUGAAGAAGAUAAAGGCGGGGAUUUCCGUGAACGGAUAUUCGGAUUAGGGUUUCUGGAUAUUCUUUUAUCUUCAAUGGCUAUUGUCUCUCUCCAUGUUUUCAACUCAUAUUUUCUCUCGUCAUCUACUCAUUCUUCCUCUGCUCGGAAUCUCUCUCGGUCUCACUUCGGUAGUGAAGUUCUCGUUAACAGCAUAAUCAAAGGAAGACGAAAUUGUACCAGUGUUUUUGUAGCUCUCUCUACACAUUCAAACCCUAGGAUACUGAAAUCUAAUAGAAGAUCUCGAUACGGACAAAGCCUCUCUCCCUACGAUAGUGAUGACGAUGAUGAUGAUGGGGACGAUGAAGACUCCGAGGAGUACUCUGAUGAUGGAUUUUCUGAAAUGGAAGAAUUUAAUGCUGAUCCAUGGAGCUUUCAGUCAGUGAAAAAACCCAGUUCAAAACAAGGCAGUUGCCUACCUUCAAAGGGGUCGGAGGAAAUAUCAUCAAAAACUGGGCAGAAUCUGAAUGUUACAGGCAGCCAAUUGGAUGUGAAAAAUGGCAAGAAUACUGAAGAAAAGAGAAAACAAAGAGAUUCUUAUUACAGAUUGCAGGAAAUGGGUUCUGAAGAUACAACUGGUCGAGAAAAGCUAAAGACUGGGAAAUCCACAGAGAGUAUGCUUCACCAAUUGUCAGAAGAAUUAGAUUUGGAUGAAAAAUGUUUUCCACUUGUUGAUUACCUGAGCACAUUCGGACUUAAGGAAUCACAUUUCAUCCAAAUCUAUGAGAGACACAUGCCUUCCCUUCAGAUAAAUGUGGCUUCUGCACAAGAAAGGUUGGAGUUUCUGUUGAGUGUCGGUGUCAAACAUAGAGACAUCAAACGGAUACUUCUGAGGCAGCCACAGAUUCUAGGGUAUAGAGUAGAAAACAAUCUGAAGUCCCAUGUUGCAUUUUUGGAGGGUUUGGGUGUUCCUGACUCCAGAAUAGGACAAAUAAUUACUGCUGCUCCCUCCCUGUUUUCGUACAGUGUUGAGCACUCCCUAAAACCCACAGUCAGGUAUUUGGUUGAAGAGGUUGGUAUCAAAAGAAAGGAUUUGAGUAAAGUUGUGCAGCUGAGCCCUCAAAUUCUGGUUCAGCGAAUUGACAACUCAUGGAAUUCCCGCUUUGGCUUUCUUUCAAAGGAACUGGGAGCACCCAAGGAUUGCAUAGUUAAGAUGGUCACAAAACAUCCCCAGCUUCUUCAUUACAGCAUUGAAGAUGGAAUACUUCCAAGGAUCAAUUUCCUUAGGAGUAUAGGGAUGUGCGAUUCUGACAUCUUAAAAGUAAUAACAAGUCUUACACAGGUAUUAUCUUUAUCACUAGAGGAGAAUCUGAAGCCCAAGUAUUUGUACUUGGUGAAUGAACUUCAGAAUGAGGUGCAGUCCUUGACUAAAUAUCCUAUGUACUUAAGCUUGUCUUUAGAUCAGAGAAUUCGGCCUCGGCAUAGAUUCUUGGUUUCCCUGAAAAAGGCGCCAAAGGGACCAUUUCCUCUAAGUUCAUUGGUUCCAACAGAUGAAUGCUUUUGUCAACAGUGGGCUGGAACUAGUUUAGACAGGUAUUUGGCAUUCAGGCAGAGUUUGCUACUCAAGGAGUUUGCAAAGAAGUAUGAAAGAAAAAGGUAGCCAUUAUAGUUCCUUCCAAUUAAGUAUUAGGUGUCCUAACUCGAGGGUUUGAAUAGUGGAGGAUCUCAGUCAAUUUACUCAACAUAUGUGGUUAUUCUUCAAAGCCUGUCGACUGCAUCACAAAACAUAGAUUUCCGGUCUGUAUCUCAAUCAAUUUGUGCAUGUAGAAGUGGGUUAUCUUUCAGUACCUAAUUGGUGGUGGUUGGAGAUUCCAGGUGUCAGAUUGCCAGUUUAAGAGUACGAGGUUGGCUCCUAAAUUAUUGAUCAUUCAAGUAGAGAUGAACACAAAUGAAUUUAAUAGGGAGAAAAUCAACAGAUCUAAAAAGAGAGCCAAUUUGGCUUGCUAGUCGCAUACACUCAGGGGAUUGGACCCCAUUUGGUGGGCACCAUGUGCCCCUUCUUUCAAAAGCAUACUGAACCAGGUUGUGUUCUAAUUGCAAUCACUUGGGAUUUCAUCUUUAAAAGGUUUGAAGUAGCAACUUGUGCUUUGCAAAUUAUCUUGGCUAAGAAUACUUGUACUACUAUUUAUCAAUUUAAUUCAUACUAUAUAUUCUGUUACAUAAAUGUGACUUAGGCCACCUUAGAAUCAUAAAUGAGAGGAGAGUGACUUGUUUUGAUUGUUUUUGUUACACACAAGUCCAAUGGAAUUAUUUCAUAUUUGUUUCAUUUGAUUAGGUGUUGUGUUCUAUUAACGGGUUACACAUCA